AUGUCCUUUGAGAUCAAUUGGGAUACAAUCUCUACUGAUGAAUCUCUUAGGAGCGCAUUGAAAGACCUCCUUAAUGAAAGACUUUCCUCGAUCAACCUGCCCAAGUAUAUGGAUAAUCUUCAGGUAGUCGAGGUUGAUUUGGGAAACGUUUCUCCAGAGUUGGCAAUCAGAGAUAUCGACCACCCAUUUGCCGAAUUUUAUGGUCAAGAAGAUGACAACUCUGCUGAUUCAAGCCAAGGUGGUAGUGGUGGUAUUCAUCCUACCAGGGUUCGCUCCGGUAAGUUUAAUGGGACCUCUUUUGAUGCUGAAGGAAGUGCCAUCACUGCUCCCCAUAUUCCUGGAAUCUCCGCUCCUCCAAUCAGUAGGAGUCCCUCACCAUCUCUUGUUGGCUACAACCCUCAUCUGUCAUCCCCCAUUCCAAGAGGAUCGACCGCUGGACUUCUGAUUCCUAGACCCAGUUCGCCGUAUUUCCAAGGCUUGCAUAAUGGUGUUGGUAUAGGAGCCUUUGGAAUGAAGGAAAAUGAUACGUUGAGCCAUAAUGAUACUGAAGCUUUUGCUCCCGUUCCUAUGGAGCCUAAUUUGAGUAUUGAUGGUGUUCAAGAGGACACGCCCGCCUCGACGAAUACCUCUGUGAAGCCUGAAACCUUGAAUAAUUCUGAUAAUAGUGGACUGCCUCGUGGAAAAAACGAUUUUCAGUUGACACUGGAUCUUCAAUGGACUUCAAAGAUCUACAUUGAGGUCACCUGUAACUUAGUAGUGAACUAUCCAUCGCCUGGAUUCAUUACGCUUCCUGUAAGACUUAAAAUCAGUGAUCUAUUGAUACAUUCGUUAGCUGUGUGCGCUUACUUAGAUCACAGAGUAUUUAUAUCGUUUUUAUGCGACUUGGAUGAUGACGAGUCUUCUUCAAAUAGAGAGGAAUCUAGACAAGAUUCCAGAAAAUCUUCUAUCGGUGAUCCUACCGGUGGUGGAUUUCUCAAUUCUGAUACUUUCCAUUCGGGAAGUGGGGACAGAAUAGAUAUGAUAAAGGAUCUUAAGAUUGAAGGAGAAUUAGGAGACUAUGAAGAUUCUUCUGAAGGUUUUGACCGAUCAAAAACUACGUCGACAAGCUCAAAUUCUACUAAUUUAGAAUCUCCUCUUAAGCAAUCAUACUAUUCUUCUAAACCUAUUCGACGAGAAAGGCAGUCUCUUCAACAGCUAGGAACUACAAUGACUACCAGCGAUAGCGGCACAGUAGCAGAGACAUCUGGAAAUGGAUCUGUGCUUCGAAAUAUAGGUAAAAUUGAGAAGUUCCUGGUAUCUGCAUUGAGAAAGGUGCUAAUAAACGAACUGGCAUGGCCUAGUUGGAUAGAAUUAGAUCUAAGAGAAGAUGAAGAGACAUCCGAUUAA